AUGUCGGAUGUCGAAGUUGAUGAUGCACCCCCAGUUGCACCCGUGGCUACCGGAGGUCCGAUGGACGUCAACCAAGCCUUGCAAGACGUCCUUAAAACGGCCCUCAUCCACGACGGAGUAGUCCACGGUCUGCACGAGGCUGCUAAAGCUUUGGACAAACGACAAGCCGUACUGUGCGUACUCGCCGAAAAUUGCGACGAACCCUUGUACAAAAAACUAGUGUCAGCUUUGUGUUCUGAGCACCAGAUCCCCCUUAUCAAAGUCGACAAUAACAAGAAAUUAGGCGAGUGGUCGGGGCUGUGUAAAAUCGACAACACUGGCAAGGCUCGUAAAGUUGUUGGAUGUUCGUGCGUUGUUAUUAGGGAUUAUGGAGAGGAAUCGCCUGCAUUAGAUGUUCUUAAAGAUUACCUUAAGAAUGAUAAAUAA